AUGUUGGAAAAAUAUCCUGUUGCCCCAGUCGAUUUUAUCAUCAAGCCUAUUCAAGAUAAGCUAUUGCCUAAUCCCGCGAUAAACCAAAUUCCAUCCCAGUUUAUCGUCAAUUCGGAUGACCAUCGCAAUGAUACAGAAGAUCUCGGCCCUUAUAGUUUAGACUCUGGGUUUUGCUGUCUUUGCACGAGAACGAGACGCAAUGCACCUCUAUUGCCAUGUCAGCAAUGUGCGUCAAGCUUCCAUUUGAGCUGUCUUGGGAUUAGUGAUGUGGCUACCGACGACUACUUUAACUGGUAUUGCCCCAUGUGUGACUACAAUCAAGAAACCAUUUUGCCCAUGAGACCAAUACGAAGAGCAUUAUUUUCAGGAAUUACAAGAAGGCAAACGCCAUCUUCAAGACAAUUGGUGAUACGGAAUGACAAUGACGAAAUCGAUGAUAGUUUCUUGUACGAUGAUGAACCGAUGCCAGUAUUUAGCAACUUACAAUCAUGCCAAGACGAUGUGCCGCGAGCCAGCAAUGUAAUUAAUGGAGGAGUGAUACUACGAAGAGAACAGAAAUUGAAACUGAGGUUGAGUGAGGAAGAGGUGAAUUCGUGGGACAUGUUUGAACAAGCACGCAACCAAUCAGGCGACGAUGUAGAUAUUGAUGUGUUUUCAUCAACUACCACUCAAGAUCGUAGCAGGCGCAGGCGAAGGAGGAAAAGGGCUGCUGAACCAAUAUUGUCUCCCCCGUCGCCUCAGCUGUUGCAAUUACAAUCAGCAAUUGAUCCUUUACCUAAUUCAGUUAUGCAAGAGAGUCGAAUAUCAAGUUUGAUUGAUCAACUUAGGCAUACAAAGAAGCAACAUGGAACAGCAGAGCAGUCAUCGUCAUCGUCAUCGUCAUCGUCAUCAGCAACAGCAACAGCAACAGCGAUACAUCUUGCGCUUGCUUCUUCAAACAUAGUUCCCUCCUCGUCGGCAUCGGAUUCUGCCGCGUCAAUGGGCAACAGUCCAAUAGAAUCAAUGUCUUACUCGAGCGAUGAUAAUGAGCACACACAACCACGAGAACUAACCUUGGAGGAGAAGUUUGUGAUUCAAAAGAUUGUCCGAAGUAAAUUAAAGCCCAGGUACAAACCUGGCUCACAGGAAGCGGGUUGCAUAUCAAAUGAGGAAGAGUUUAUUGCUAUUAACAAACGUAUAUCUCGAAAUAUUUAUGCACAUAUUGUCAAUGCAGCUGAUGAAAUGGACGAGUUUUUUAAAAAUGAAGCCAAGUUGAAACAAGUGAUAAAUGAGUACAUAUAA